AAAGGUAUAUAUAUAAAAGUAAGUUUCUACGAUCCAGUUGUUUACUAACACUACUAUUUCAGAUAGUUACCUAACAAAAAUCAGUAUUAUGAAAGUUACCGGUACUUUGGUGAUACUUAGCGUUUAUUUUGUGUUAAGUAUAGUCGACUCUGCAACAGCGAGACAACGGCCUAGAAGACAGUUGCUUUCAGAGAAUAAAAGUGACAUUGAGGAGGACUGUAAGAAUGGACUACAAAAUUAUUACAAUUACCCUUACGACUGCCAGAAAUAUUACACUUGUAGAGAAGGAAAAUUAUACCUUAGUACAUGCCAAGACGAUUUAUACUGGAAUAGUGAACUUCGCAGCUGUGACAUUCAAGCAAAUGUGAAUUGCUCAAAGAUAAUUCCCCUUCCACAUCCAGUGUGCACGGAUUCUAGAACAACGUUCUAUAUUUACCCUUACAACUGCAAAAAAUUUUAUGAGUGUUACGAAAAUGUGUUGUACAUCCUUGAAUGUCCCGAUGACUUACUCUGGAAUAAUGAUGCUAAGGUGUGCGAUGAUAGCUAUAACGUUGAUUGUUCAUACAUCAUACCUGAGACUGCUGAAACGGACGAGCCAACUUCAGCCCCAACUUCUACUUCUCCUGUAACUACUGAGCGCCCAACAACUACAACCGUUCCUCCACCACCGACUAAACCACCAGUUCAAUGUCAGCAUUCAGGGCAAUACAUUCCUGACCCUUACAAUUGUAGCAUGUAUUACGAAUGUUCAAAUGGAGUACCAGUUUCGAUGAGUUGUCCAGGUGGAGAAUAUUGGAACCCAGAUGAAGAAACUUGUGAUUGGCCUUUCAAUGUUGAUUGCAGAAGUUUAUUUAUAUGAGACCGACAAUCUAUACAUUAUACAUUAUGCGAUGCGAUCGAAUUAACAGGAAUGAGAAUUUUUCCAAUUUCAUUUGCAUAUGCAUUGCGUAUUUGUUAUUUGGAUGUAACCAUUAUAUUAUUAACUUUUAUUAAUUAAAACUAAA